GGAAAUGAUAAACACAACGAAAACAAAUUUGGUCUUCAUACGCAAAUCGGCAAAGUACAUAAUAAUGUCACGAAUUCUCGUAGCUCCCAAUUCUGGUUCUGGAUCUGAAAGGAAGAUCGGUUAUCUCAGAAGCUCACCCACGUCUCUCUUCCACCAUGGGAAGACCUCGAGGAUCUCCAUUUCCGCUUCCGGCAUUGGUCACCCUUGCUAUAUUUCUCUCCUUCCACCAUGCCCGAUCUUUCUACCUCCCCGGCGUCGCCCCUGAAGAUUUCCAUAAGGGGGACAUGCUGUAUGUCAAAGUAAACAAACUGACUUCCACAAAGACUCAACUUCCUUACUCAUACUAUACUGUCCCUUUCUGCCAUCCAGAGAAAAUUAUUGACAGCAGAGAAAAUCUCGGGGAAGUACUGCAUGGUGACCGAAUUGAGAACUCCCCUUUUGUAUUUAAAAUGAGGGAACCAGAGAUGUGUCAUUUUCUUUGUCGGGUAGUUCUUGAUGAAAAAAGUGCAAAAGCAUUCAAGAAUAAGAUUGAAGAUGAGUACCGUGUAAACAUGAUUUUGGAUAAUCUUCCAUUGGUUGUUCCAGUUCGAAGGUUAGACCAAGAAAGUCCUCCUGCUUACCAGCAAGGUUACUAUAUUGGUGUUAAAGGACAAUAUGCUGGAAGCAAGGAUGAAAAGUUCUUUAUCCACAAUCACUUGACUUUUACAGUCAAGUAUCAUAAAGAUUUGCAGCUCGACUCAGCCAGGAUUGUUGGGUUCGAGGUCAUGCCAUACAGUGUGAAGCAUGAAUAUGAAGGUGAAUGGACUAACAAUACGCGUCUGACGACCUGCGAUCCGCAUGCGAAGCGGACAGUGUCUAACUCAAACUCUCCUCAAGAAGUUGAGAACAAACAAGAAAUCAUAUUCACCUAUGAUGUAGAGUUCCAGGAAAGUGAAGUGAAGUGGGCAUCAAGAUGGGAUGCCUAUCUUCUGAUGGCAGAUGAUCAAAUCCAUUGGUUUUCAGUUGUAAACUCUUUGAUGAUAGUUCUCUUCCUCUCGGGCAUGGUGGCAAUGAUUAUGCUGCGUACUUUGUAUCGUGACAUUUCCAGAUAUAAUGAACUUGAGACCCAGGAGGAAGCUCAGGAAGAAACUGGGUGGAAACUAGUGCAUGGUGAUGUCUUCAGGCCACCCAACAACUCAAAUCUGCUCUGCAUCUAUGUGGGGACUGGGGUGCAGUUUUUUGGUGUAAUGCUUGUGACAAUGAUAUUUGCUGUCCUAGGAUUUCUCUCCCCUUCGAAUCGUGGUGGUUUGAUGACAGCCAUGCUUUUACUAUGGGUUUUCAUGGGAUUGUUUGCUGGUUAUGCCUCUGCCCGUCUCUACAAGAUGUUUAAGGGUACUGAGUGGAAAGCAAUUGCCCUCAGGACUGCACUCCUUUUUCCGGGCACUGUCUUUGCCAUCUUUUUUGUUUUAAAUGCACUCAUCUGGGGGGAGAAGUCAUCAGGAGCAGUCCCAUUUGGGACGAUGUUUGCUCUUGUUGUCUUAUGGUUUGGAAUCUCAGUUCCCUUAGUUUAUGUUGGUAGUUACGUUGGCUUCAAGAAACUACCCAUUGAGCAUCCUGUGAAGACUAAUAAAAUUCCUAGGCAAAUCCCAGAACAAGCUUGGUAUAUGAACCCAAUUUUCUCUGUUCUGAUUGGAGGCAUACUCCCAUUUGGAGCUGUUUUCAUUGAGCUCUUCUUCAUCCUCACCUCAAUUUGGUUGAACCAGUUUUACUACCUCUUUGGGUUUCUCUUCAUCGUCUUCAUCAUCCUGAUGGUCACAUGCGCAGAGAUAACAAUUGUGCUCUGCUAUUUCCAGCUCUGCAGUGAGGACUACCUAUGGUGGUGGCGAUCCUACCUCACAUCAGGCUCAUCAGCGCUUUACCUCUUCCUUUAUGCAGCUUUCUAUUUCUUCACUAAGCUGGAAAUCACAAAGCCUGUUUCUGGAAUAUUGUAUUUUGGUUACAUGCUGAUAGCCUCUUAUGUGUUUUUUGUGCUGACUGGCACGAUUGGCUUUUAUGCGUGCUUCUGGUUCACGAGGCUCAUAUACUCGUCUGUCAAGAUCGACUGAUGAUUGCGGUGUAAGCCAACCAGCCAGCCAGCCUUUAGAUGUUUUUUUCGCUCUUUGCAUUUGCUUGCAGUUUC